CGGGAAGCAUGUGACAUAUAUAAUGGCGACAGACAACAGGAAAGUUUAUUUACAUCCCAUUUUAAUCAGCAUUUGCAUCACCUGUGUGGUUUGUUACGAACCAAACUGGAAUUCCCUAGACACAAGAAAAAACCCCGAGUGGUAUGAUGAGGGUAAGAUCGGGAUUUUCCUCCACUGGGGUGUGUACAGCGUCCCUGGAAACAUGGUCUGGUUCUGGUACUACUGGCAGAGACAGAAGCUGCCUGAAUAUGUUCAGUUCAUGAAAGACCAUUAUCCGCCAAACUUCCAGUAUGCAGACUUCGCUCCGAAAUUCCGUGCCGAGUUCUUUGAUGCUGAUGAAUGGGCGAAAAUCUUUAAAGAUGCUGGGGCAAGGUACGUUGUCCUGACCACUAAACAUCAUGAAGGAUUCACCUUGUGGCCCUCCAAAUAUUCAUUUAACUGGAAUGCAAUGAGUGUUGGGCCUAAAAGAGACCUCGUUGGGGAGUUCUCUAAUGCUAUAAAGAAGUCUGGGUUACGCCUUGGUCUUUACCACUCCUUGUACGAAUGGUUCAACCCUCUGUAUAUGAAAGAUAAAGCAAACAACUUCACCACAAAAGAAUUUGUCGAGGCUAAAACCAUGCCCGAGCUGUAUGAGUUAGUGAACACCUACCACCCUGACUACAUCUGGUCGGACGGAGCUCCCUGGGACAGCGGAAACAGUUCCUAUUGGAACGCCCCCGAGUUUAUUGCCUGGCUCUACAAUGACAGUCCGGUGAGAUAUACAGUAGUGACCAAUGAUCGCUGGGGUAUGGAUGUUUCCUGUAAACAUGGCGGAGUGCUGACCUGUUCAGACCGAUACAACCCUGGCAAGUUGAAGAACAGAAAAUGGGAGAAUGCUUUCACAAUAGACAAAAAGAGCUGGGGCUUCAGAAGGAAUGCCGUACUGUCUGACUUUAUGACGAUACAGGAAAUACUCCAUCAGGUCAUCACUACAGUCAGCUAUGGAGGCAAUGCUUUGAUUGAUGUUGGUCCAACACCAUAUGGCACAAUUCCACCCAUAUUUCAAGAGAGACUGAAGCAGUUAGGGAGCUGGCUGAGAGUGAAUGGUGAGGGGAUAUACAGAACCGUGCCCUGGGUACAUCAGAAUGACACUGUCAAUCCACAUGUGUGGUACACAGUUUCCAAAUAUUCCUCUGUACUGGUGUAUGCAUUUUUACUGGAGUGGCCAGAUAACAACAUUGUAAAGCUUGGAGCUCCUGAGCCUUCCAAUAAAACUGUUGUAUAUUUAGUGGGUUAUCCCGACCCUAUUCCAUGGAAGGCUGGACCUAAUGGGGGAAUACAGCUCACUAUUCCAAACAUUCCUCUCCCUCAGAUGCCCUGCAUGUGGGCUUGGGCUUUCAGAUUGAUUGAUCUCAGCAAUUAGGAUCAACACGAUAUGCAAUGUACAACAAAUACUCAUGCUCUUUUAACCAUGCAAUUUACUCUGUUACUCUCGAAAGAACUUGAGAUUUUACUCCUCUUGUUUUCUCUGAUGUAGAUUUUUUCUUUUUUUGUUUCUCUGUCUUUCACUCACUCUUUACAGAUACAAGUAGAAUUGAUGAAUACCAUGAUGUUAUACCAUGAAGCCAGGCAUGGCUAUUAAUUUAAUGCUUUUGAGACUUUCACAUGAGAAGUUGCAUGUGUAUGCAUUCAUUUAGCAGAACAUUAAUGCUCUGAAUAUUGUUUGCUGAACAUUUGAUUUGUUUUAAUAUCAAGUGAUAUGGUGAUGCACAAACCACAAAUUUUUCAAAGUUUACAUAUAAAUUAGACACAAUUUUUUCAUGGAUUUUAUUUCUCAUACUAUAGCAUUGAAUCAAAAUUUUUGAAAGAUAUAAUCUCUUAACUGCAGCGGUGUGUGCAUACAAAUUGAGUAACACGUGUUAGCGCGUUAUGAAAAUUUGUAUGCACACAUAGCUGCAGUUAUGAGACUCUAUCUUUUAACAAAUCAUGAUUUAAUGCUUAUACAGUAAAACACACUUAUAACGAAGUACCAAGGACGGGCAAUUUUGCUUCGUUAUAAGCGUUAUUCGUUAUAUCCGUCAAAUUUACAACAUAUGAUAAAGUCACGGGAAUGAAAAUCACUUCACUGUAAGCAUCAAUCCAUCAUAAGCGUGUUCGCUAUAACCGUGUUUUACUGUAUUUACAUGGCAUCCAAGUACGAGCAAUAGUAAAGGCGAGAAUGCUCUGGGUUUAGAGAAUGUCAACAAUCAUGUUUUUGAGGCACUAUUUUGCUUUGAGUCAUGUUUUAUAUAUAGAGGUACAGUUUAUGUAUACCAAGUAUACAUGCAUUUAACUUUGUUUUAAAACCAAACCUUUAUUUAAAAAAGAUCUUGAUACAUGUACAUGUUCAUUAAAUAUGAAGGUAUUUGAUAUUUGUUUUUUACUUUUAUACAUAUAUUGGACCAUAGAAUGCAAAAUCUGUACUAAUUGUUGAUUGUAAACUAAAGUGGUGAUUAUAUAUUUUUUUGAUGCAAUGUGAAGUACAUAUAGAUGGCUCAGAUUCCAGAGCUUUCAUGAUGUGUUUAUGUUUCAUUCCACCUAUCAUUUACUCAAAGCAUCUUUCACUGAACAAUUGUCACUUUGCAUUUGUACAAUGUAAGAUUGAGUUGUGGAUGUGUUUGAUCUAGAUUUUGAUUGCUUGUUUAGUUAGGUAAGUCUUAUUUGUGCAUAAAUGUGCUUUAUCCACAUUACAUAGUACUGUAAAACAUGCUGUGUCAUUGUUUUCAAAAAAAAUUUAAGUUCAUCAAUUUAAUACUUAAUUCUUGGUUAAACAAUAAGAUGUGGUGCAUCAUUUAAAACCAAAAACAAUUAUGAUGUCCCAAUUUAUUACAUUUUGCUCACAUUGUGGCAUUUGUAACAAAAUUUUUUGUGCCAUUCUGACUUGCUCUGCGUGUAUCAUUGUUAAUAAAUGAAUACAUUUCCUAUAUUUUUCUUCAUUAUGUUAUUUAAUUACCUUAAAAUCAUUGAACAUUUCACUGAUGAAUGUUGACAUUUUGUACAUGUAUAUAAACAAGAAAAAAGUAUGUUGAAUGAUGUAGUCAAUGGAUUUGAUCAUUUGAACAAAACUAAAUGGCUUUUCUAAAGAAAGUCAGCCAUAUAUAUGUCUCCGUAGACUUCCCAAUUAAAAGGUACAUGGAAUUACAUUUCACCUUCAGCUGCAAACAAUUAAAUUAACUUGUGUUGAAGCAGUAUACCCUACAUGUACUUAAGUUUUGGUAAAAAAAAAA